AAUAGCACAUAAUGGAAGUUGUCGUUGGAGGACUUGGAAAUGAACUUUCUGUGCCUUCAACGAUGGAAGUUCGUGGUGUUGUUGAGGAUGCUGCACUUGGAGUUGCUAUGACCGCGUGCUGCUCCACAGCGACGUUUUGUCAAAACCGCGUUCAUUUAGUCCACGGGGAGCAGGAAGACAGGCCUUAUGUUUACGGGCCAUGGGGGCGUUGACGAGCAAUAUUGAAGACUUGGGAGACUUUCUCAUCUCUUACUGACAAGAGAUGGAAGAAAAAGAGCUGCUUUCAUAGCCAUUCAGAUUUCAUCAACAAGGCUUAUGCUCUGUUAUUUCUGUAGGAAAUUUUAUCAGUUUCAAAGGAACCCAGCCAUCAUUACAUUGUUAAAGACAUGGUGGAUGCCGUAGUCAGUGUCUUCUUGGAGAAGCUGUUGAAUACUCUAAUAGAGGGGGGCCGCAUAGUGAAUGAAUUCAGGGAUCAAUUUGAGAACUUGCAAAAGGAGCUUGAAUUAAUGCGAAGUGUCCUCAAAGAUGCAGACAAACGAAAAAGAAAGGAACAAACUCUGCAAAUUAUCAUGGGCAAUUUACGAGAGUUGAUUUAUGAAGCUGAAGACAUGCUGGCAGACUGCCAACUUCAAUCAAGGGAAAAUGACUCGUUUUCUAAUGGCUGCCUAACUUGUAUCCAUCCUCCAAAACUUGGGUUUCAAUAUAGAACUGCAAAGCGACUUAGAGAGAUAAAUGAGAAUAUCACUAAGAUUAAGCAAGACCUUUCUUAUCUUGGUCUGUCAACUAGCAAUGGAAUAGCUGGAAUUGAUAUGUGCAAUGACCCCAGAUGGAGCUCUCCUGUGUAUGAUCACACUCUAGUGGUUGGAUUAGAAGGUGACACAAAAAAGUUCAAGGGUUGGCUUUUUGAAGCAGAUCAUGGCAUAUUAUCAAUUGGUGUUGUUGGUAUGGGUGGGUUGGGAAAGACCACAAUUGCUCAAAAGGUCUUCAAUGACAGAGAGAUAGAAGACCAUUUUGAAAGAAGAUUGUGGGUGUCUGUCUCUCAGACAUUUGAUGAAGCACAAAUCAUGAGAAGCAUGCUGAGGAACUUGGGAGAUGCAAGUGUAGGAGAUGACCGAAGUGAAUUGUUGAGGAAAAUAAACAAAUACCUUCUAGGUAAAAGAUUCUUAAUUGUUAUGGAUGAUGUAUGGAGCACUGAUGUCAGUUGGUGGCGUAGAAUCUAUGAAGGCCUGCCCAAGGGAAAUGGAAGCAGUAUUAUCAUCACCACAAGGAUUAAUGAAGUUGCAAGAAUGAUGGGAGUGAGUGAAGCGAGUAUCCACAGGCCUAAGUUCCUUAGCAAGGAUGACAGUUGGUUGCUAUUUCGGAAAAUUGCUUUUGCAGCGUCUGGAGGUGACUGCACAUAUCCUGAGCUGGAACAGGUCGGAAUGGAGAUUGUAUUUAAAUGUAAGGGUCUCCCUUUGGCUAUUAAGGCAAUUGGGGGACUCUUGCUUUAUAAAUCACAUUAUAAUGAGUGGAGGCGAAUCGCAGAAAACUUUCGGGAUGAAUUGGCAGAAAAUGAUGACUCUGUGAUGGCUACAUUACAAUUGAGCUACGAUGAGCUCCCUACACACCUGAAGUCCUGUUUUCUUAGUUUCGCUCUUUACCCAGAGGAUUGUGUCAUACCAAAGGAACAGUUAGUUCAUUGGUGGAUUGGAGAAGGAUUUGUCCCGGUGAGAAUGGGCAGGUCAUUAAUUGAAGCUGGGGAGGAUUGUUUCUCAGGGUUAACAAAUCGAUGUUUGGUGGAAGUAGUUGUCAAGACUUACAAUGGAGUUAUCUCCACUUGCAAGAUUCAUGACAUGGUUCGUGAUUUGGUGAUCAAGAUGGCUAAAGAUGAUGCAUUCUUUAGACUUGAUGGCAUAGGCUGCCGUCACCUGGGUAUUGAUGGCAAUAUGGAUCAUAAGAAGCUGGCUGCCAAUCGGAAGUUACGGGCAUUGUUGUCCACAACCAGGACUGGUGAAGUGAACAAGAUUGUGUCAAGUUUUCCGAACAAGCUUAAUCAGUGUAGAUACCUUGGAGUUUUAGAUCUUUGCAAGUCCAUUUUUGAAAUGCCUCUUGCAGUUCUCCUACGACAGAUUGGUUGCCUUCAGCAUUUAACGUAUCUUAGCUUAAGCAAUACCCAUCCGUUGAUACAAUUCCCUCCUUCGCUAGAGAAACUUAAGAACCUUCAGGUUUUGGAUGUAAGCUAUAGUCAGAAUCUGACAAUCCUGCCUCCUUAUCUCAUGACCUUUAAGAAGCUCAUAGUCUUAGAUGUAAGCCACUGUGGCUCACUUGAUUACUUGCCAAAAGGGCUGGGAAGGCUUUCAAACCUUGAAGUUUUGUUGGGGUUUAGACCAGCUAGAUCAAGCCAAUUAAACGGCUGUCGAAUUGCUGAACUGAGAAAUUUGACCCGACUCAGGAGACUUAGUUUACAUCUGAGUCAGAGUGAUGAGAUUGAAGAUGAUGAGGUCAAUGCAUUGGUAAACCUCCAAGAGCUUCAGCUCCUUACUAUAAGUUGCUUUGAUAGCCACGGGAUUGACCUCAUUGACAAACUUGAUAAACUCUAUCCUCCACCUGCACUCCAAGACCUCUCCCUGAGAUAUUUUCCAGGCAAAAUGAGUCCUGUUUGGCUCAAUCCCUUCUCACUUCCUAUGUUAAGAUAUCUUUCAAUCUCUUGUGGAAAUGUUGCAAAAAUUCAUCAAAGCUUUUGGGGGGAGAAUAACACAGUCUGGAAAAUCGAGGCCAUGUUGCUGGAAUCUCUCUCAGAGUUGGAAAUGGACUGGCGAGUGGUACAACAAGUGAUGCCAUCUCUGAGGAUUGUGAAUGCUAGUUGGUGUCCAGAAUUAACAUCAUUCCCGAUUGAAGAUAUUGGAUUUAGAGGGGGUGUUUGGACAAAGGGGGAGCACAAGGCUAAUAAGGAAUUGAUUGCUCAAGAGAAAUCGCAGACGUCAAGUUCUAUCAACCAAGAGGUUGACCUCGAUGUAUUGAUGGAUAAAGAAGCUGAGAAGCGAGAAACCCUAAAGAAACAAGGACAUGGAGAGUACAGGGAGAUAGCUGAGGGGGAUUUCUUGGGUGAAGUCACUGGCAGUGAGAAAGUUAUUUGCCACUUCUACCAUAGGGAGUUCUAUCGGUGCAAGUAUAGCUAUUGCUUUAAUUCUCUCUUUCACUCGCUUGGGCGUGCACUUUUGAACAUUUUCUAUAUCACAAAUUUUAUGUCAUGUUGAUUGAUUAUUCUAGAAUUAUGGAUAAGCAUUUGAAAGUGCUUGCACUAAGGUAUCUUAACACCAAGUUCAUCAAGCCGGAUGCUGAGGUCACUUGGUUUUAGUCAUUGCAAAUGUAUGAAUAAGAUUUGAAAAUGAGUUGUCUAUGUUGUUCGAGUUCUAACAAUUGUAACUGAACUGCAGAAUGCACCCUUCUUUGUUACCAAGCUUGGAGUCAAAACUUUGCCUUGUGUCAUACUAUUCAGCUCUGGCAAUCUUUAUUACUUUGUUUAGCUCAUAAAGAGUAUAAUAUUUUAAACUACCUGCGAGCUUUCUUUGUUUGAUUUGCUCAAGUACAGAAGAAGAAUAGAAAGUUGAAAUCUAAUCACUUGCUAAUCUUCAUGAUUAUAACAUUCACCAGUCUAGUUGUCUGCUAUGAGUCUCGAGCAAUUAGCCUUACGCUCUGCAUAUGCGUGAAGUUGUUAAGACCUCAUAUUGAGAUUUUACAUCAAUAAUGAUAUUAGAAAUUUACAUUGUUUAUGAACAGUAUUAUUUGAAAGGAUUUCCAGUGUUUGCUUAGAAGAGGGACUUCAAUUGAUAGGCUGAUUGGGUUUCAAGAUUUGGGAGGAAAAGAUGAUUUCACCAACAAAUCGCUUGAGAUUCUUCUGAUAAAGAAGGUAAUGUCCAGUCUGCUGUGCAACUAAAUAGCUUCAUAGUUACAGGUAUAAUUAGCGAGAAGAAAGAGGAUGAAGAGGGUGAAAGCAGACGCAGGACAGUAAGAUCAUCUGUGGCCUCAACUCUGACUCUGAUUCCGAUUGAAAAACCGUAAAAGAAGCUGCAGUUUUACGCCUUGUUUAUCUGGAGUCUUCUUUUUCUUCUCCGCAAAUGAGUGAUUGUAUCGAUAUUUUACUUGUUGCUUCAUCUAUUACCUCUGCAAAAUUUAUUUUACUCAA